AUGAAUACAGUAGUCAUCUGGUAUUCCAUACGACCACUCUCCAUUGUUGGAUCAAGUGGAAGGGCGAUAUGGACCCAUGUUUUGGUGAAAGAUAUGAGUUUGCGAUUGCACCAUGGGAAUAUAUUUCCAUACUAUCGUUGCAACUUGGUGGCCGGUUAUUGUUGCGGAGAUAUAUCGGUCAUGGUGAUCCGCAACGGCUGUUGA